AUGCACUAUCACUUGCUUAAAUACCUCUCCAGUUUCAGAGGCUCCCAUCUUCUUGCGCACUCCAAUUGGCCGUACUCUCCAGCAGUUGCUUUUGUCCGGCUGGUGGGUUCUCAUUUCAACCGGACCGGCGUAAGAGACUCCGAAAACCCGCCAUCACCGCGCUGCGCACGGCUGGGCGCCGGCCUGCCUCGCUCACCGGCUGAGGUGCUGCGAACCUUUCACACGUCCGCCUGCUUGCCUCGGGAGCUCCGAGAUGAACCUCCGUCCCACCGGGGUGCUGAGCCGGCUGAAGCUCCAGCAAAACAAGUCCUGGAGGCUCCCGUGGGAAAAAAGCCUUUGCGCCAAAAAAUUGUGGAGGAACUGAAACAUUAUUACAAUGGAUUCCACUUGCUUUGGAUUGACACGAAGGUGGCUGCCAGGAUGGUGUGGAGGCUGUUACACGGUCAGGUCCUCUCUAGGAGGGAGAGGCGAAGGUUGCUGAGAACCUGCGCAGAUCUCUUCCGGCUGGUUCCCUUCCUGGUGUUUGUCAUUGUCCCCUUCAUGGAAUUUCUGUUACCUGUAUUCUUGAAACUCUUUCCUGAAAUGCUGCCCUCGACGUUCGAGACGGAGUCAAAAAAGGAAGAAAAACAGAAAAAGAAGUUAAAUGCAAAGCUGGAAUUAGCCAAGUUCCUGCAGGAAACCAUUGCAGAGAUGGCCAAAAGGAACAAAGCAGAUACAGGACAAGGAAAACAAUUCUCUUCUUAUGUGCACCAGAUUCGUCACACCGGCCAUCAGCCCAGUACCCAGGAGAUCGUACGCUUCUCCAAGCUUUUUGAGGAUGAGCUGACCCUGGAACACUUGGAACGGCCACAGCUCGUAGCUCUUUGCAAACUGCUUGAGCUUCAGCCCAUUGGCACCAACAAUCUGCUCCGCUUUCAGCUUCUGCUGAGACUCCGAACUAUCAAGGCAGACGAUGAAAUGAUUGCCAAGGAAGGAGUCAAUGGCCUGAGUGUGUCAGAACUGCAGAGCGCAUGCAGAGCCAGAGGAAUGCGGUCACUGGGGCUCUCAGAGGAGCAGCUAAAGGAACAGCUCAGACAGUGGCUGGAUCUGCAUUUAAAAGAGAAUGUUCCACCUUCUCUGCUCCUGCUUUCCCGUGCCUUGUACUUAAUAGAUAUAAAGCCACAAUCCGUUCCCGUUCCACAAAAUAAGAUCGGAGAAACUGCUGAAAUCGUGACAUCCCUUCCCGAAGGUCGAGAGACCCUGGAGGAUCCUGCCCCCAUUGCACAGGGGAGAAAGAAUGAAGAAUUUGUGUCUCAGCCACUGGAGAACUUGCCAGACUCAGGAGCGUCACUUAAGCCUCCCCCACAAGAGGUAAACUUUUCAACAUCUCAGAGCAGCAAGGCCGGCGCAAACGGAGUCUAG